CAAAUCAAGAUCAGUAGUAUAAUCCCACCAUUCUGCAUAAAGUUUUUCACGCAAUGAUUCUUUUUUGUUUUGUUUUAGGAUUUUUUUGCAUCUUGUAAUCAGAUGUUAGGAACAUGUUUACUCUCUUGUGUAAAACGUUCACCGUCACUAGCAACCAAGAUGCAUUUCCACUGUGGAGAUAACAGAUAUAAACUUGAUCGUGUGUUUGUGUUGUGCAGAUUUGAUGGACCACAGCGACCACGCCACACACAUGUACCAACGAAGGUGACAGGCCACAGCACACAAACCCACAAUGCCGUGCCUUCUGCUGCUGAACCUCCAGGAUAAAGAGGCAGAGGACAGACGGGGAAGUGAAACAGUUAGACUCAAGAAGAACCGUGAGAUCAACGCAGGGAAAACCAAAGAGCUGGUGGUGGAUUUCUGCAGGCGCAGACUCCUCCCCCCAACACCGGUGAACAUCCAGGGAAAGGACAUUGAGAUGGUGACAUCUUAUAAGUACCUGGGUGUUCAUCUUAACAAUAAACUGGACUGGACUAAUCACAUAACAGCACUGUACAGGAAAGGCCAAAGCAGACUCUACCUGCUGAGGCGGCUCAGGUCUUUUGGAGUGCAGGGGGCGCUCCUGAAGACCUUCUUUGACACUGUGGUGGCAUCAGCCAUCUUUUACGGAGUGGUCUGCUGGGGCAGCAGCGUCUCGGCUGCAGAUAGGAAGAGACUGGACAAGCUGAUCAAGAAGGCCAGCUCUGUCCUGGGAUGCUCUCUGGACUCUGUGCAGGUGGUGGGAGAAAGGAGGAUGACAGCCAAGCUGUCAUCUCUGAGGACUAACGACUCCCAUCCUCUGCAGGAGGAGAUAAAAGCUCUGGAGAGCUCCUUCAGCGAUAGACUAAUUCACCCAAAGUGUGUGAAGGAACACUAUCGCAGGUCCUUCCUGCCUGCUGCUGUCAGGCUACAUAACCAGCACUGCUCACAGUAAAUAACAAUAUCUUCAUCAUCUUUCUCUCGGCUUCUUGCCAUCUGCCGCUGUUUGACAGUGACACAGCUAUCCAAUAGAUGACGAUUUAGAUUGAUGUUUUCACUUUGCAUGAAUGAUGCUGGAUCGUUGAUCAUUGAAUCGAUAUAUCGAUCCAGAUGGAUGGAUCAAUAUAUCGAUCCAGAUGGAUGGAUCGUAACACCCCUAGUGUUAAUGUCAUGUUCACACGGUAACUCCGAUUUGGAAUUUCUGACAGUGUGUCCCACUUCCUGAAAAGAACUAAGUGUAAACAAGCCAUCAUGGAAAAGCCUGCGAAACCACAGUCUUUGGCAGAUACAUCCAAAUAAAAUCCACUUCAACACUGACACAUUCUAUUAAGCUAAUUUCAAAAGACUAAUACACAGUUUGUUUGUUGAACUGCUGCAAAUACAAAAGUAGCUAAUUUAGUCUGUUUAAAAUGAUGUGACGACAAGGCUAGCAGUAGGGACAGCCAUCUUGGAGAAGACACUGAAGAGGAAAACCGUUUCUUAUUCACUGUCAGGGUGUGCAGGUUGUAUAAAGUAUAUUUAGCAAAUCAGAUUUUAGUCUUUAUUUGGUUGCUUCUCACACUUUUUGAGAUUAUAUUGAGCAUUUUUCCCUUUUAAAUCAUCAAACAUACAGUUUGUCCAUAGACGUCCAUAUGUGACCUGUUUUGAUGUGAAAGAAAAAUGCAUUUUUGUGUGAUGUGUUCUGUCACUGUGAAGUUGUUUCAGAGGUUUGCGCCAGCUCCUGGUAAUGCUUCAGUGUCCCUGCAGAUUUGCAGUAGUGUAAAACCUGUAAAAAAAAAUGUUGUCUGGUAAUUCUCUCUUUUUACAGCCCUUAUCUAUUUAUGCCGCCAUCUCAGACAGAGAAUGACCACUGUGUGCUCUUAUAAAAUAAAUGGUCCUCUUUAAUCUCGCUGGCAAAAUGUCUUUCACAAUCUGACGAGUUCCAGUAUGAAGGCCUGAAAUUGAAAGACAGUGCUUCAACCAGCUGGAAAAUCUGUGUUUCUGAAAGAAGGUUGUGCAAGUGACUGAUUUACUGACUGACUCAAACUGCUGGAUAGUUUAGUAACUGUGUGAUUGUGUGAACCCUUUUUCACUACAACAACAUUCAAAAACAUCUUAGUGCCUUGUGCUGCUUUAUUAUUAAUGCUGCUUGACCCGAGCACAGAGUCCACGGGUGUCAGCAUACCAAGGUUAUCUGGAGUUAUCUGCAAACUGUUGGAACUGGACAACGUGGAUACUUAAUUACUUCUUCCUAAAGGCUUUCUGGGGUCAGAAGGGAACUGGAGCAAG